CUUUCUUCAACCUCUGAGCUGUCAUUUUAUCACUCACAGUAGUUUCGGAAUUACAUAAGGGCAAAAUAUCAAACUUGUAAGAAUGGCCGGAGACUCUGUUGAUGGAUCUGAGCUGAAAGGCUUGGCCAAAUACUUCAACAGUCAAACAUACACGGGCAGAGCAAAUGUGGCGAAGGCAACCUAUGCAUUCUUUGGAGUUGUGAUUCUGUACAACAUCCUCAAACCGAAAUCAAAGUAAUGGCGAUUUUCCAUGUUAAUUUAUGAUUUUUGUUUUAGUCUCUUAUUUUGUUAAGAGUAAUGUAUAUUAGGAAGCCAUAAAAUCAUGUAAAUCCUA